AUCACAUCGUCAGGAAAAUAGGGAACUACACGAAAAGAACAAGAACGAUUUUCUUAGGCGCACGGUGAAACAAAAUCUGUUUCUGUGCGGAGUCUCAAUUUCGCUGAGAGAGUAUUUUCUUCUAUUACUGUGUUCGCUUUACGGGUUUUUGCACGGCCUAAGUAAUGCUUGAGCUGACAACGAGGGAGACUCGUAGUUGAGCAGAGAGCCCACUUGUUCGCCAUCUACCAGCAAGGUCCUAAUCAUGACAGUGAUAAUGCUUUUACUUCCACUAAGAUGUAGAACCAAGAACCCGACGCAGUACUUCAGACGCAUAAGAACGAGAGAAGAAUGUUUUAUUGUUUAUGAUCUGAGUGUAAUCUAAAUAUUCCCGUCUAUCUACUCGAUCAUCUUCGCAAUGUCCAUUCUAAUCAUUCCCGGUACAACUGAUACAACGGAUUCUGUUUCUGAUGGCAAACACACACACACAAACAUUUUCAGGGCCCCAUUUUUCGUCACAUUUUUAUGAUAUAUAUGGAAAGUCCCCGGGCUUAUCACUGAGUUUGAUGAAGAUUGUUAUAUUCAGUAGGUGUUAGAUUCUUAUAUUCACUAGGUGUUAGAUGCAUUGCGGAUCAUCUAAGUUCUUUUUUUUGUGCUCUCCUUCAUCUACUUGUUCUGUUCGGUUUAUGUUGGUUUAUGGAGUCGUGCUUCUGUCGUUCAGGUCUCUGCUUUCGAGUCGUGAUCGUUGAGUGGUCUUUAGGCCCGAUCGUUCUGUUUAACGCUCUAUCUGUUAGACUUAGAGUCUCCUUACCUGUUCGGUUCGGUUGCGUUCAUCAGUACGUCGGUGUGAUGGCGAGCCGUACCCAACGUCGCAGUAUAGCAAGUGCCCAGAGCUAACUGCGUUGAUCCGAACCCCUUGAGGCUGAAAACUUAUAACCCGUUAGCUGGUUGAAUACCGCCCGCCGGCUUCGAGCUAAGGCCAGGGUCGUGGAGUGCAUGAAUGAAUAGACUUAGCGCCUCCUUCUACUUGUUCUGUUCGGUUGUAAAUAUAGGUCCGUCACUCCCAUUUUUCUGCGCCACAACAUGUUGUAUAACCAAAACUAAACUUUCUGCGUGCUAGGCAAAUUCUCUCAUUCAUCAUUCAUAAAAAAAAUGGAUAGUUCUCUUCUUGCUGGAAGGCAAGAUAUUACUGCGUGCUGUAGUCGGUAGAAGGCGAAAAGACGAAAUAGGUGUUUGUCGAAGCCGAAGUUGGAGGUUGGAAGUAGAGGUUGUACUUCUACGUUGUGCCUGGCUGACCUGACAAGAAGCAAUCAGAAUGGAACCAGCACGAGCAUCAUCAUUUUCAACACAGCAGCAUAUGGAGAACGCUGUAUCGCCGCUCGACACCCAUGAUCAUGUGCCAUCUGUUGUAGGGGUGGGCCCUUCUCGCGCGAUUCGGCGUGUCAAUUUGCUCGCCAGUACGGUGCUUGCAAGUGCCAGUGGUGCUCGUGCAGCUUCUUCAUCCGGUCAACAGCAACACCAUGGUGGGCCUUCGACAGACGGUGCUCCACCCAGUUCAUCUACAUCAGACGACGUGUCGUGUGAUGUGCUUAUCGUUGGCGGCGGCGCCGGCGGAAUGGCACUGGCGCACGAGCUAUUGCGCAACAGCAACUCCUUGAGAAUUCUGUUGCUCGAAAAACGAAACGUCUUGGGUGGAAGCGAUCGACUUUUUGGGAAGUUAUGGAAAUUCUGAGUUUUAGAUGAAAGUCUUCUCGAUAAUAGAAAUUCAAGUUGAAUAAAUAAAGUAAAUUCUCGUCCCACCGGUAGUCGAGGACGAGUACUGCUAGCCAUGCCAAUCAAUCAAUCAAUCAAGCGAUUAGAGACUCUAAUGCACAAAUCUGAGCGUCGUGCAUCGAUGCUCAAGAACAGUCCUUCAGGGAGUAUUUUUGGACCAGCUUUUGAUGCACUUGCACCGACAGAGGUCGCCUUUCAAAAGCUGGAACAAGUACUGUUGAGUGGCGAUGUACUUCUUGAUGGCGAAGCCAAUGCUGACGAGCAGCAACAGGACACACGAGGACAGGAUGAAAAAUCACGCGGACAACUACAAGUCAUUAGCUGCAGAGCUGAAAUAAAUAGGCCAAAGCCAUGCUUGAGAGUGCAGAAGGAUUCCCAGGCAGUUGCUGUUUUUGCAGAUGGCUAUGUGGGAGUGUCUGCGGAGGGGGGAGAAGCCUACCAGCUUGUGAAGCCAAGGAAAGCUCUAGUUUUGGCAUGCGGUGCGCGAGACGGCUACUGCAUAUUCCCGGGAAAUGUACUUACUACGUGGCUCAGUUCUCGUUGAUUGUACUAGUGCUAGAAGUCAAGUGGUAUUUUCACUCCGCUCAGCCUCAGUACUCGGACAGGUGCCAUCCCUGCUGGUGCUGUGGUAGUGCAACAAGAAUGUUGAGCUUCUCUGUCAAGCUGUCUUAUCUGUCAACAUCUUUUGAUAUUGUUGUUGCGGCUCUACUUCCUCGUUUUUGAUGUCCAUCUUAUCGCGUACAUUUAAAACUGAUUUCCUACUCGUACACUCACGGUCUCCAGCAACUCCAACAUCCAUUUCAACAUCCAGGACCUGCCGAAUGUCGUGUUUUGGGAGGCCGCUGCUCGUAUUGCGCGGCCGGGGGGACGCGCUACGGUCGUAAUCGGUGGUACGGAUACUGCUUUUGAGGCUGCGAAGGAGCUGCACUCACGCGGAGGGAGCCUAAAGGCGGUCCUGUGUCCUGAAGGCGUCAGUGCGAAGGACGUCCAUGUGCAGGAAGUCCUAGGUCUAGGUAUCCCUGUGCUCUUCGUGUGCGAUAUCGUUGCUGCCUUGCCACCUGCUGAGGAGGAUGAUAGUUGCAGCGCUGUUUUUGUCCGGAAUGAGACCACGACCACAGGUGCUGGGAAGAUUGGGAGUGGCAAUGAAGGCAACGGAAACUAUGGGGAUGCAUCAUCGGCUUCAUCUUCGUCAUCUUCAUCUUCUUCGAGAAGUAAAAAUAAGUCUAAGUCAAGAAGUACGGCACCAGUCGACCGCGUACUUGCUAGAGAUUGGCUGAAUGGAGGCGCCUUGUGCGAGUUUGAAGCCAAGUUGGUCGUGGUGGCAACAGAGAGCGUGCCUGCGCGAGAGUUGGCGGAGAAGAGUCGAGAAUGGGGAACCGUUCCGACACUUGAGAUUCUGUCAUUAAGGCUUAGUACUUCUAUUCAUCUUGAAAGGCAUCUUUGACGUUCUUUCAAGGGAAAUAAAAGAGGCCAAAGAUGCAACUUUCUAGAUGGGAAUUAUUUCGGUAAGGUCUAAUGUCAACAGGCGGUGACUUAUCCAAAACAUUCUCAGCAGCACAGGCGGUAGCUCAAGAUGUUCUCUCGGUGGCAGAAGGCAGGAGGAUGAAGGCUGCGAAAAGUGCAGAGAUGGUUUCGGACGCUACCCUCCGACAGAUAGCUGCUCAGUUGCCAGAUAUAGAAGAUUUGAAAAGCAAUAGUUGUAGCACUACCUCUUCUUGUCCUGAGAUGAAUAGCCAGAACAAAUGCUGUAAAAACGAGGACAAGAACAAUUCUUCUAGUUGUACCAAAAAUGGCAAGAAUCUUCUUGACGCUACAACACUCGCGAAGAUCGAUCCGAAUAGUGCUAUUGUCUGUCGCUGCGAAAAGGUGAAUUUAGGGCAGAUCAAGGAGGCGAUCACGGCGUCGGGUGGCGACAUGAACCGCAUCAAACAGAUGACCCGACAGGGGAUGGGUUACUGUGGUGGUUUCCAAUGCACGGCGGCUGUUGCUAAGCUCAUCGAUGGCGCACGCAGUGCCGAUUCUAAUAAAGUAAACGGGCUAGUAUCGUCCGGAUCCGGAAGAACUAGAACACGAAGUGAUGUAGAAGAUCAAGAUGUUCAUGUUAAAGACGCUCCUAGUGGAAGAUCUUCCUCAACCCCUCCUAAACAGGGUUCUGCACCAACUACAGCUACAUCUACAACUAGUACAACAAUAAGAAGCAACAUGGACCCUCGCCACCAGCGACCGUUGAAUCUCGAGUUAUCUCUUGGUGCGCUCGCCAAGGCCGCGCCCCCGCCAGAGGCCAUGGCCUCGCGAAAGCCACAGCUCGACUCGGAGCAGCAGUUCUCGGACCAAAGGAGCAAGUACGACAUUAUAGUGCUCGGUGCGGGGGCUAUCGGCACUCCAACGGCGCUGUACCUAAAGCAGCACUUCGGAUUAAGGCUCGAUACAAUUUCAAUUUAUUUCAUCCGCAAUGAUCAAGAACUACAUUUUUUUCUUCUGUAGAACUUUCCUUCAACAUCUUAAAGGAAAAAUAUCGUCAGGGAAGAACUGAACAAUUGUUCUGAGCUCUAAUCGGAAGAGUUUUGUGUCUCGACAUGCACCCGAGUUCAGGGCAAGGAGAUAACAAACGAGCGCUGGGUGGUGUGCGGGCAACUUUCGGAAAUCCGGGAAAAAUUGUUGUAGGUCUCGACAGCGUCGACAUCUUGAGGAAUUGGCAGAAAACGACAGGCGACGACAUCGAUUGGAAGGAUGGAGGGUAUCUUUUUCCCUUCUACUCCGAAGUCGAGGAGGCGAAACUGACCAAGCUUUUACCAAUCCAACAGAAAUACGGUUUGGAUAUCAAGUACGUUGACGCGGCGCGGGUACAGCAACUAGUGCCUGGAAUCGAUCCCAAGGGGCUUCGGGGCGGCGUGUACAGCUGCAAGGACGGGCAAGCGACUCCGUAUUUGACGUCACUGUCGAUGCUUCGGCUGGCGCAACAGAACGGUGUAGAAUUCAAAUUCAAACACCGAACACUGUCGUUUUUGCUCGACAAGUCAGGUAGGGUUGAGGGUGUGGCAGCGCAAGACAUGCAGACGGGAGAAAUCAAAAGGUACUUAACUGUAACACAACUUAUUUUCUUGAAGAUUUGUCGUCCUCAAAGAAAACAUAGCACAGCAUCGUAGCUGUUCCCAAUCUCAACAUUCUUCGCCAUGAUAACCAGAUGAAACAGGUUCUAUGCUUCCACCAUGGUGAUCAACGCCCUAGGCGCUACGUGCAACGAAUUGAUUUCGACUUUGGGCUACUCUCUCAAGAUGGAAGUGGACAGCCACGAUGCUGCGGUCACCGGCCCUUGUCGUUCGCUGAACAUUCAGCCCUUGGUCGUCGAUAUUCGCACUGCCGAUGGCAGCAGCUGCUUCUAUUUCUAUCAGAAUCAUCGGAAGCAGUUGGUUUUGUCGAACGCGCCUGAGCCACGCGUCACCGGCUACGACACAUCGGAAACAUCACAUUUUUUGCCCAAUCUCGCUCGUCGACUCCUCAAGCUCCUUCCCGACGCUGGAGACGCGGUUGAGGUCCGACGUGUGUGGCGCGGUCUCUACGCCAAUACCGCGGACGGAAACCCAUUAGUCGGCUUCGAUCCCUAUCACCAAGGCUUGUUCCACGCGACCGGGAUGGGCGGCCAGGGGUUCAUGCUGGGGCCUGGCGUCGGCAAAUUGAUCGCGCGUGUGUUGACGAAUCAGAAGGAGAAAUUCGACGACGUCUGCCUGAAGGAAUUCGCACCCUUCAGGUCGUUCGAUGGCGCACAAGAGGCGCUCAGAUAGCGCAGUUGUUCCAUGAGGACGUCACAACUAGGUGAUGAAAUAACAUGCUACUACUAGUAGUAAAUAGCAUGCUGCUCUUCCUCUUGCUGAUUCACUAGAGUUUGUUACAACUGUUAGCCAAACAACUUCCCCUGCAGACCACUUUCACCACUACACCAGUAGGUACGUAGAUGUCCUCCAACAACAUCUACAUUCGUACCACCGAUAUUACUCCUGCCUCAACACUCGUUCACUUACAUCAAAGCUAUUUCGUAAGAAAAAACGGACUAGUUUUUCCAUCCUCAUUUUGUACAAAAGAAACUGCACCACGUAGUAUCCAGCACAAGUAUCCAGCACAUCUCCAUACCCCUAUGCUCUCCAUACGUCCCAUAUUAAUUUCGUACCGGAAAGAGUAACAUUUUAUGUACAGAAAGUGGAAAGUGCAAAGUUGAUGUUUCCUUUGCGACAAAAAUCUUACCCUUCUUACUAGAAGCAUUUGUUCAGUCGUCAUUUACUUCAAUGUGUGUCGUACUGUUGAAGAUGUGAUGAGGACCAUGUCAAUGUCAUUUUCAAUGUGUGUCUGUAUUAUAGGAAUUUAUCAUGCAAGAAAAAUAUCGUACUCCGUAUAGUUAGAUACAAUGUUGUACUGUGGUGCUAGUCAGUGAACAGAAGAUGAUGGCGUCCUCUGAAACCUCGCGACGUCGGAAAAAAAUGAGCUUCAACAAUCUUCAAUAUUACUUUUGUUUUUAGUCUGCUAGGUGCUAGUGGUUGAUGUAAGUUUCUUAAAGCUAAACAGGCCCUCGGGGUUCGUAUUACCCUGCUAAUCUUCAUCCAUAUUUCUGAGAAGAUCUUCAUCCCGUUGUUGGCAGUUGUAGGGCUUGACGGCUACAUCUUUGCGAUACAAUCUACUGCCAUUUCUACAACUAAAUGUUCUAGUCGAAGCUAGGCUCCUGCAGCUGAUCAUGUCGUGUGAAGAAAAUAAGUGUAUUUAAGGCUGUAUAAUAUCAAUUUUGACCUUGAAUGUUGAAACUGGAACUGCUACUACCUCCUCCAUCGUGGAGCGACCUUGUACUUUUUCUCGUCAUAAUUAAUGAUCAAUGUUGAAUUGUUGGCAUCCUUUGUACAGGCACAGAUGCACAUCAAGAACAUGAAUUUCAACUCUCAAAUCGACCUCAACAAAAUGAACGUUAUCCUCCAAACGACCUCAUAAUUUUCGCGCAUCAAAGCAAUGUGGUUUAUAAUUUUUAUUGCCUAAAGAAUUUUAU